AUGGCACAAGCUAGUGAAACACUCGAGAGCUUGCUCGCCGUCGUUACUGAGCUCACUACAAUGCUCACAACCACUCUUCGAGCAAAAGGCCUUGCUGCUCCAUCAUUCAACGAAGAUGCACCCGCAUCCCUACCACCUGAUCAAGAUAUCCAAGGCCCCCGUACAAAACUCGUCGGAGCUCUGAUGGAUAUGCUGCAUCUAGCAAUGGGGCCUAAUGAGUAUUUUAUCACACAAAACAUGUGGCUGGGUAAUGAGGCCAUGGCUCUGGAUGUCCUCAACCGCUUCAACUUCUGGGGCGCGGUUCCAGUUGGAGGCUCUGCCAGUCACGCCGAGAUUGCAGCCGCUACGAAACUUCCCGAACAAAUGGCUCGUCGAUUCCUUCGCUUCGGCAUGAACAUGUACUUGUUUCGAGAAGAGUUUUCCGGGUCCAGUCGGAUUGUCCACACUGCUGCCUCUGCAUAUAUGGCUCGUAACCACCAUAUGCAGUCCUUCACCAGUCAUCUCCUUGAAGACGUCCGCCCCGCCACUGUAGUUAUGGCAGAUGCAUUGCAAAAGUGGUCAGCCGGAUAUCCGACACCGAGCGAAGAGGUGGAACACGCCCCCUUCUAUCUAGCGAGUUUUGACGGCAAGGUGGUAUCCCGCCCGAUGUGGGAAUUCCUUCAUAUGGAUGAGAAGGAGGGCAAGCCAAAGGGCUAUCGUGCUACUCGAUUUGCUGAAGGGUUGCAAGCUCUCGGCGGUAUGGUUACCACCGAAACCUAUGUGGAAACUUUUGACUGGGAGAGCCUUGGCGAGGCUACUGUUGUGGGCGGUUCAAACGGUCAUGUCAGCGCAAUGGUUGCGAAAUCCCAUCCACGGCUUCAUUUCAUUGUUCAAGACCUCCCAGAGCUACAGCCAGCUUUUGACGAAGCCAUGGCAUCAGCCCCCAAGCUUUCCAGCCGCAUAUCAUUCCAAGUUCACGACUUCUUUACGCCACAACCUGUUUCUGCAAGCACAUACAUGGUUCGCAACAUCUUCCACGAUUGGCCAGACAAGUACGUAGUGAAAAUUCUCCAGCAACUAGUCCCAGCUCUGACUCCUGGGGCUCGCAUCGCGUUAUUCGACAUCAUUAUGCUUCCAGACUACGAUGAAAAGGGACAACAGCCGCCUCUACCGGUGAGGAAGAUGCAGAGUGCUUUUGACAUGGAGAUGUUGGUACUUUUCAAUGCCAAGGAACGUACAGCUGAGGAUUGGACUGCCGUAUUCAAGAUGGCAGAUGAUCGCUUCCGUGUGAAUGCUAUCAAGAUGAUCCCUGGUGCUAGUGUAGGGCUUAUUGACGUUGUAUUCGACGGAUAA